CCCAUGAAAAAGCUUACUGCUCAGUAACUUUGAAAGAUAAAAUAGUGAUCUUAAUAGUUAUCUGCAUGCAUGUAAAGAUCUAGAGUUAUGUUAAGAAGAAUCAAAGACAUAUACUUGUGUAUUCUUGUGACCCUCAUUGGUUCCCAGUGUCUCCAGUUCAACGUGCUGAACAGUGGAAAUGUGUAUCAGUUUUCUUCUCCUGAAAACACUGGUGGUGAUGGAGUAUCGCUGGGUGCUGUGACAUGUACUGAGAAUGGUGGUGCUAGUCUUACUGGUUCUGUCACAUACGCAAUACUACAGCCAGUAUCCGUACCAUUUGUUCUUAAUGGUAUUUCUGGAAUUCUUAGUCUUAAAACUGGAGAGAUUUUGGACUACGAACAAACCCAACAGCAUAUAUUUGACGUAUCCUGUUCUUAUGAUUCUGAUUCAUCUAUCAAUGCAACAGCUAGUGUCACGUUUUUAGUUGACCCUGUGAACGAGUUUAAACCUGUUUUUAGUGAUGUCUCUCUUCAAGUUACUAUCUCAGAACUAACCCCAAUUGGCAUGGUCUUAGUAGCAAGAGAUUCUUCUGGUACUGCACAAUACACUGUGAGUGAUGGGGAUAGCGGACCAGAUGGAGAACUACGAUUCUUACCAAGUUCAACAAACCCACCUGAACUUGAUCAAGAUUUCAGUUUGAGUACGAAUGGUACGCUAACUCUAAAUCAAAUAAUCGAACUUGAUACCGGAGUAACCGCAGUUAGACGUGUGACGUACCAAAUAAGGGUUUGUGAUGGUGACCGUGUGGAAACAGAUUGCCCAUCUUUAGAUGUUGUAUUACUUAUCAGAUCAGAAAAUGACAAUCCUCCAAUGUUUGAGCAAAACGAGUACACUGUUACCAUAUCUGAAGCAUCCCCCAUUGGCACUAGUUUGAUCACUGUGGUGUGUACUGAUGCUGACCGCAAUGGUAUAGGAGAAAUAGGUGGAAUUACCAUUGAACAGCCCAAUCCUGCUGUGUACAUACCCGAAUCUGAUGACGGUAAUGGAACAGUUACUGUCUUUCUUUCGGAGAGGUUUGACUAUGAAAAUGUUUCAGUUGCCAGUGCUACAUUGGUAUGUCGAGACACUGGAUCUCUUAUUGAUAUGGCGGUUCUAAACAUCAAUGUUGAAGCUGUGAAUGACAUUCCACCACAGUUUUCUCAGCCUGAAUACAAAUUUCGCGUAAACAGAUUGUCAUUAACUGGUUACGAGAUUGGACAAGUUGUGGCUACAGACGGUGAUAAAGAAUUUGGAAAUGAUAUACUUUACAGGCUAAUUGACAAUGGAUUGCGUAAGUUUAUUCUCAAGAGUGAUGGAACGCUUGUUUUGGACAGUUUUGCAUUCUUAAUUGAAGGAUCCACGUUUGAUUUGAGAGUGGAAGCAAGUGAUGGUGUGUUCAACACUACUGUCGAGGUCUUUAUAACGAUGACAGGCUUGCUUUCAAUCCCUGAAAUUGUAAUUGUAGGUAUCUCAGUUAUACUGUUUUGCAUCAUUGUUAUUCUUGUGUUUGUCUACUGUUGCCAUUCCAAGAGAAGAUCAAAGAUGGUAAGACUGGAUAGGAUGCCGACUAAUAGCUCUUCCUUGCCCAACCCACCUAACAUUGAGAUGUCUAGUCAAAGAUUGAACAGCCUCGAUCGUGUUGGUUUAACACAAAUAGAAACAUUUAAUGACAAUCAACGAUACAUCAAUCGUGAGCUACCUGAGAACUGGAAGGCAUCCAACAUAAUCAUUAACGAGCUUGGUCGUUCAACUCUCCCAAUCGCAAGCUCUCAGGGUGAUGCAAUUUACUCUGAGGUCAAACCGAAAAUACAAGAAUCAAACUACGUCCAACUUGGAAGUAGUCAGUUUGGAAGCACCUACUUUGGGUCAAGUGCGGUUGAAAUUCCCAUGGUGCCUGAAGCCAUCCCAGAAGAGUACAGCGAUAUUGAGAGUAUAUAUGACGAUCCUUUUAUAGAUAGCAUGGCAAUUUCGUGUCCAUCUCUUCCAAGCAUGCACACAGCGUCAGCAAGCUGUUCCCAGAGGAUGUACACCAUCAACAAAGAGUACAUGCAGCCCCACCUAUUUUAUUUUGUAGCGACGAGCCCCGCCCACGUUUGUCUUGUAGUCUACGUGUGUCACAAACUAGAAAAGGUACUACAUGUACUAGGUCCACGAAAGUCACAACUAGACUGCAGCAAGCAGGAGACUCCCAUGGAUACUAUGUCAACCCUAUUCACCGGAGUGAUACUCUUUUCAAUGCUGCUAGGUUCCCAGUGUCUCCGGUUCAAUGUGCAGAAUUCUGGAAAUGUGUAUCAGUUUUCUACUCCUGAAAACACUGGUGAUAAUGGAGAAUCGCUUGGUGCUGUGACAUGUACUGAGAAUGGUGGUGCUAGUCUUACUGGUCCUGUCACAUACACAAUACUACAGCCAGUAUCUGUACCAUUUAUUCUUAAUGGUAAUACUGGAAUGCUUACUCUUAAAACUGGAGAGAUUUUGGACUACGAACAAACCCAACAGUACAUAUUUGACGUAUCCUGUUCUUAUGAUUCUGAUUCAUCUAUCAGUGCAACAACUAGUGUCACGUUUUUAGUUGACCCUGUGAACGAGUUUAAACCUGUUUUCAGUGAUGUCUCUCUUCAAGUUUCCGUCACAGAGCUAACCCCAAUUGGCAUGGUCUUAGUUGCAAGAGAUUCUUCUGGUACUAGACACUACACUGUGAGUGAUGAGGAUAGCGGACCAGAUGGAGAACUACGAUUCUUACCAAGUUCAGCAAACCCACCAGAACUUGAUCAAGAUUUCAGUUUGAGUACGAAUGGUACGCUAACUCUAAAUCAAAUAAUCGAACUUGAUACCGGAGUAACCGCAGUUAGACGUGUGACGUACCAAAUAAGGGUUUGUGAUGGAAACCGUGUGGAAGCAGAUUGCCCAUCUUUAGAUGUUGUAUUACUUAUUAGAUCAGACAAUGACAAUCUUCCGAUGUUUGAGCAAGACAAGUACACUGUUACCGUAUCUGAGUCAGUCCCCAUUGGUACUAGUUUGAUUACUGUGGUGUGUACUGAUGCUGACCGCAAUGGUGUGGGAGAAUUUAGUGAGUUUACCGUUGAACAGCCCAAUGCCCCAGUACACAUACUUAUUAAUGGAUCUAUAUUUCUCAAAGACAGUCUUGAUUUUGAGAAUUCUUCUGUUGUGACUGUUACUUUAGUCUGCUUAGAUAGUGGUGGCUUUCAAGAUAAUGCAACAUUGAUGAUCACCAUAACACCAGAAAACGAUGGUGUCCCCAGCUUCAGCAAAACUCUCUUUGAAUGUAAUGUUUGUCGACUAGCAAUCAUUAGCGAAGAAAUUUGUGAAGUUCAAGCAAUUGACACUGAUAAUGAUGUAAUCACUUACACAUUAUCUGGACCAGGUAGUGAAAACUGUCAGAUCAGGCCAGACGGUGUGUUAGUAUUAAAUGAUAUAGUUUUUGUUGCCGAAGGAUCUUUCUUUGACCUCACGGUCACUGCAAGCGAUGGACUAUUUAAUACCAGCACAAAUGUGCGACUUGCUGUCGACUGUUUGCUGUCCAUUCCCGAGAUCAUUAUUGUAGCAGUUUGUGGUGUGGUCUUGAUUUUAGUGGUGAUCAUUGUCACUGUGAUAUGCUGCUGCUGUUUCAUUGGGUGCUACCGGUGUCUACCUGAGAAGAAAAAAAAGAGGACUGAUAGCGCAGUGGAAAUGAUGGACCAACUGGACUAUUUUCACCCAGCUAUGCUACCACCACCAAGCAUGUAUGAUCAUGGUGGCCCUGUAUACCAGAUGGCACAGAACCCUCACCACAUGGGUGAUGAGUGGCACGGAUCACAAGACCUAUUGACAGAAGAGGGUGAAGACGAUAUCCCUGACAUUGCCCUAGGUUCAAACACUCCCUCCUCUCGCAUCUAUAAUCCCAACACACUAAAAGAGAUGGUGGACCUAUUUCAUGAGGGGGACAAGGUACUUGAUGGGAAGAAGAAGAAGAAGGACAAAAAAUAACAGCACCGUAGAAUAUUUCUCUGCUUCUAUUGCAUGUCAGCAUAUUGUACUGUAUAGCCUUAGCCUUACCAUGCAUGCAAUAGUUAUACUUCUUUUUAGACAAGUUAUGUUAUGUACAAUUUACUAUAUUAAUUUGUUUUUAUGCCA